CAGGUCCGUCUCCUUCCGUACUCUUCCUCUGUUCACAAUCACUGUGCGUUUGCUGCUCCUUUUUUAUACGUAUGUGAUUCACCGCCGACUGUCCUGAUCAUCCGAAUUGCGGAUCCUUUGAUUGGGGCGGCAUCAGUAGUAGAUCUAGGGUUUGUACGAGUUGGAAUUAUUUUUAGCAUUCCCUUUUCUCCCGUUCAAUUCUGAUUUCCGUUUCGCUUUUGCAGGUUUCUCGAGCUGUUUUUUUCCCCCGGUCACUGCGUCGCGGGAGUUUUUUUUUCUUCGUUGGAGUGGGCUCGAGCUAAAGGAGAUCUGGAUCAGGGGCGGGGAGAAUUCGGCGAGCGUUCUGAAGCAGCAGAACGGGGUGAAUUGGCGAAAGUAGUGAAGAGAGGCGGUUUUCAGGGGGAGGAGGAGACGGUGAAGAUGAGUGAGGGCCAGAAGUUCCAGUUGGGGACGGUGGGUGCUUUGAGCUUGUCGGUGGUCUCGUCUGUCUCCAUUGUCAUUUGCAACAAAGCGCUCAUUAGCACUCUCGGUUUCACUUUUGCCACGACAUUAACAAGCUGGCAUCUUUUGGUCACAUUUUGCUCCCUUCAUGUGGCGUUAUGGAUGAAGUUGUUUGAACACAAGCCUUUUGAUGCAAGAGCAGUCAUGGGAUUUGGCAUAUUGAAUGGGAUUUCCAUUGGACUUUUAAAUCUUAGCUUGGGUUUCAAUUCUGUUGGUUUCUACCAGAUGACAAAAUUAGCAAUCAUUCCUUGCACCGUCCUGCUGGAGACCCUGUUCUUCAGGAAGCUAUUCAGUCGAAAUAUCCAGUUUUCACUACUGAUCCUCCUUCUGGGUGUUGGAAUUGCAACUGUGACUGAUCUACAGCUCAAUAUGUUGGGCUCUGUCUUAUCACUGCUUGCAGUUCUUACUACCUGCAUUGCUCAGAUUAUGACAAAUACCAUCCAGAAGAAGUUCAAAGUUUCCUCAACCCAGCUUUUGUAUCAAUCUUGCCCCUAUCAGGCAUUAACUCUGUUCAUUGUCGGUCCAUUUCUGGAUGGGCUCCUAACCAACCAAAAUGUUUUUGCUUUCAAGUACACCCCUCAAGUCCUGUUCUUCAUCGUUCUCUCGUGCUUGAUAUCGGUCUCUGUAAAUUUCAGUACAUUUCUGGUAAUUGGAAAGACAUCUCCAGUCACCUACCAGGUCCUAGGUCACCUAAAAACGUGCCUAGUGUUAGCCUUUGGCUAUGUACUUCUUAAAGACCCAUUUAGCUGGAGGAACAUUCUAGGCAUCCUUAUUGCUGUAGUUGGGAUGGUGCUUUAUUCCUACUGUUGCACGCUGGAGACCCAGCAGAAGUCUCAAGAGCCCUCAGCCAAACAGCCCGAGGGGAAUGAAAAUGAAUCGGACCCUCUAAUAAAUGCGGAAAAUGGAAGUGGAAUGACAGCCGACGGUGUUGCCAUAAAGGCCCCCGCAUGGAAGUCGAACAAGGACCUGCAUGCAUGAAGGGCGUCGUGCCCCCUCAGGUUCUCUAGUGCAGAUAUAUUCACCCUGAAGAUAGAACCCGUAGGCUAAAACUGUUUCCAGUGAUGAAGAUGUUGCUGGGGAAGAAAGGGGUGUCUAUGUUUUGAUGAUGGCAUAGGAGCAUAGAGCAAGUUGGCUGCCCACUCUGAAGAUUGCUACUUUAUUUUUAUGUAUGGAGAGACUUUGAAGAGAGUUGGGAAGGAAAUGUGCCGUUGAUAUAGUAUUUUUUUUACUGAUUAGUUUUUUUUUUUUUUUUUUUUGGGGUAUGGAAAUAUGGAAUCAGGCAGGGGGCUUGAGAUUGGGAUCAAGAUGGCAGAAUCCGAUUGGUUAAAUCUUAUACUGCUAGUUCCUUACGGACUGGUUAAACUUCUACAAAGUAGUUCUUUCUUGAUAAAAUGGGCUAUUUCAACAAUAGCUUCUGAUGUUUGAUUCCUCCCAACUCCUGCCAAGCGCCUCGAAGACCUCUGCCUGCCUGAUGGAAC